AUGUAUGUGUGUGUGGGCGGAUUUGUGCGUGUGUGUGGAUUUGUGUGUGUCUGGGUGGAUUUGCGUACCUGGGUAGAUUUAUGUGUGUGUGGGUGGAUUUUGAGUACCAGACGUGGCACAGUGGAGCAAAAAAAAAUCUUUUUGGUAGAUUGCAGGGCAUUUUUGGAACUCAAGCGGUCUGAUGUUUUUAGUAAUUUAAAAACACCUGGGAGCGUGGCAUUUUUAGCUCUAGUACUAAUUGAAAAAAAUUUCAACUCUCGGGUAGCUACUAAUGUUACAUCAACUAUGAAUGGGAAUAACAAGGUUGAUGAAUAUGUAACUUUAUUUAAUUCAGUCAGCAAAGGAAAUAUGGACAGCAAAUAUUACAACAGUGUAAAGAAAAGUACAAAUAAACUAAAUAGUUUCAAAAGCUAUUUACCAGACCCUCCAACAAAAAAAGGUCGAAUUAUAAAUGUCACUCACCAAGUACCCUGUGAAAUCACUUUACGAAACAAUGUACUUCAGGACCAACCCAUGUGGGAAUUGACUCCCAGAAGAGGACAUGGCGCAAUGUACGGAGGUGUUCAAUCGCUUGAAACAGACUGGGAGACAAUCUACAUUGGCUGGACUGGGCAGAUGUAUCGUCCAUCCUCUCCAGAAUUCUCUUCCAAUACAACUGUCACAAAUAUCCAAACGACACCAAUUAUUUCUCUUGAUGAAAAAGAGAAACAGUCAUUGAUAUAUGAGUUGCAAAACCUCAACUGUAUUCCUCUCUUUCUUGACAGCGACAGUGUGUUUGGCCACUAUGAUGGCUAUUGUAAAACCAUGCUCUGGCCAUUAUUUCAUUAUAUAAUUUGGGACAACGCCACCGACGGGCGCCUUGAACGUCAGCAGUGGGAGUCAUUCUCGUCUGUAAACCAGCUUUAUGCAGAUGCGGUUAUUGAGAAUUACCAAGAAGGAGAUGUCGUUUGGGUCCACGAUUAUCAUUUGCUUCUUGUACCUGCAAUGGUCCGAGCCAAACUCCCCAGGGCUCGGAUUGGUCUCUUUGUCCAUUCGCCUUUCCCAAGUUCCGAAAUCUUUAGAUGUUUACCUAAGCGACAGCAAGUACUCAAAGGAAUGCUUGGAGCAAAUCUGGUGGGAUUUCAGACAUAUGCAUACGCGCGCCACUUUAUUUCAACGUGUACUCGUGUUCUCGGUUAUGAGUCAACUCCUGAAGGCGUUGAUCGCGGAGAUGGUCAUUUCUGCCACGUUGGAACGUUUCCUAUUGGAAUUGAUACCGAGAGCGUGGAUGCCAAGUUUAGAGACCCAGAUGUAAUCAUGAAAGUAAAGGCUAUUACAGACAUGUAUCCUGGAAAAAAGAUCUUGGUUGGCCGAGACAAACUUGAUCUUGUCAAAGGAGUGUUGCAAAAACUGGCAGCAUUUGAGAAAUUUUUGGCAGAUUAUCCAGAGUGGAGAAAUAAGGUUGUUCUUAUUCAAUUGACCGAUGGAAGUACACACACAAUGGAACGUGAAGUAACAGAAAUUAUAGCCCGGAUCAACGGAGUUUAUGGCUGUAUUGAAGGUGCUGCGGUAUAUCACUAUCACCACCCAGUUCAAGUGGAUGAAUAUUAUGCUUUGCUCUCUGCAGCACAUGCUGCUUUGGUUACUUCUGGUAGAGAUGGUAUGAACACCACCAGUCUUGAGUAUGUGAUGUGCCAGCAAGAACGACAUGGCCAAUUGAUUCUGUCUGAGCUUAUGGGAGCAGCUGGUUCUAUGAGCUCUGCAUUGAUGGUAAAUCCGUGGGAUUAUGCUGGAUUAGCAAAGACGAUCAAUGAUGCUCUUCUUAUGUCAGAAGAAGAAAAAUUGUAUCGCCACAAGCAACUCCUGAAGCAUGUCAAAUCUCAUACGGCUUCUUUCUGGGCCCGGUCUUUUGUGAAGAUGCUGAUGGAAUCCGUCGAAUUGUCGGAAAAAUCCAGUCAUACACCACUUUUGAGAACAGAAUGGCUAACACAGUGCUAUCGGUCAUCUACCAAACGACUCUUGUGCUUUGAUUAUGAGGGCACACUUACGCCUUUACGUAAAAUGUAUGGCCUGACUGUCCCUUCAAAAAGUACUAUGGACACACUUGAGCAGUUGUGCAGAGAUCCACGAAAUGAAGUGUGGAUUAUUUCUGGUCGUGAUGAAUCUACUCUUGACUAUUUGUUGGGAAGUAUUGUUGGUCUUGGUCUUAGUGCCGAGCAUGGAAGUUUUAUGAAAUACCCAAACACCAAGAAAUGGAUCAAUACCACUGAGCAUCUUGACAUGAGCUGGAAGCACGACGUUGUGGAAAUAUUUACUUAUUAUUCCGAACGUACCGCAGGUAGCUUUAUUGAACAUAAACGGAGCUCAGUUACAUGGGAUUAUCGAUUAGCAGAUCCACAGUAUGGGUUAUUUCAGGCAAAAGAAUGCCAGAACCAUCUGGAGCAAGCCAUUCUCUCCAAGAUGCCAGUUGACGUAGUAGUAGGGAAAAAGAACCUGGAGGUGCGCCCGACAUCUGUCAACAAAGGGCAGAUUGUCAAGCGGCUUUUGGCUUCUAACCAAGAUCUGGACUUUGUUAUGUGUUGUGGAGAUGACAAGACCGAUGAAGACAUGUUCAAGGCGAUCAAAAAGUUUGAUGUGGACGAACAGUGGACAUUCUCGGUAAAGAUUGGAACUGAAAACAAAAAGACACUGGCUCUGUGGCAUCUACCAACUACACAAGAUUUGAUUCAUUCACUCAAUGCAGUGGUGACAUCUAAUGUCUAAAGAACGAGACAUAUGCACCUACACUUACACAUAUACUUACACCCACACAAAGUCCAAACCCUUUUCUUUUCUUUUGAUUAUUAUUAUAUUCUUCUUCUUACUCUUAUUCUUAUUCGUAUAAUUACAGCAGUAUAUAUAUAUAUAUUAUUGUAUUAUUGUAUGCUUUAACCAAGACCUUGCUCUUACAAUUUUGCCUGGCCUUUUUUAAUUUAAUUUUAAAAUUAUAUUUCCAUCAUCU